AGAAAACAACUGUCAACUUUACAUUACAUUCCUAGUAAAAUCUGCAUACUGUUAAUAUCAUACCGCAUAAGCUGGGCAACUGUCCCUAAUAUGCUGGCUACUUCUGUGAGUCCCACUGCAUAUAUAUGUAUAUAGUUUCUUCAUCUUAAGGAUCACACAGAUUUGUUUUGAGGUUGCCCAUUUUUGAAUUCGUUGAGGAGAAGAAUUAAAACAGAUGGGGUAUGAUAAGUCAGAAAGUAGUACAAGAGACAAUGACAAGGCCAUCGAUGAUUGGCUUCCCAUCACUUCCUCCAGGAAUGCAAAAUGGUGGUACUCAGCUUUCCACAAUGUCACUGCUAUGGUUGGAGCUGGUGUUCUCAGCCUUCCAUAUGCCAUGGCAGAGCUUGGAUGGGGUCCUGGGGUUACUAUAAUGAUUUUGUCAUGGAUCAUCACAUUAUACACCCUUUGGCAAAUGGUUGAAAUGCACGAGAUGGUCCCUGGUAAGCGUUUCGAUAGAUACCAUGAGCUAGGUCAGCAUGCAUUUGGUGAAAAGCUUGGGCUCUGGAUCAUCGUACCCCAACAAUUAACUGUAGAAGUUGGUGUCGACAUUGUCUACAUGGUCACUGGAGGCCAGUCGUUGAAGAAAUUUCAUGAUUUGGUUUGCCCCAACUGUAAAGACAUCAAGCUCACAUAUUUCAUUAUGAUUUUCGCUUCUGUCCACUUCGUUCUCUCCCAUCUCCCCAACUUCAACUCUAUAACUGGUGUCUCACUGGCUGCAGCAGUUAUGUCAUUGAGUUACUCUACCAUUGCCUGGACAGCUUCUGUUGCUAAGGGUGUUCAACCAAAUGUGGACUAUUCAUACAAGGCUUCAAGCAGCCCCGGGAGAGUCUUUAACUUCCUCGCUGGAUUGGGUGAAGUAGCUUUUGCCUAUGCUGGUCAUAAUGUGGUUUUGGAGAUCCAAGCAACAAUUCCUUCCACUCCUGAAAAGCCUUCCAAGGGCCCAAUGUGGAAGGGUGUCAUUGUUGCAUAUCUCAUUGUGGCAAUCUGCUACUUCCCUGUUGCUUUUUUAGGUUACUGGGCUUUUGGAAACAUGAUCGAUGAUAACAUCCUCUUGUCAUUGGAGAAACCCACCUGGCUUAUUGCUACAGCUAACAUGUUUGUAAUCAUCCAUGUCAUUGGUAGCUAUCAGAUUUAUGCAAUUCCAGUGUUUGACAUGAUGGAGAGUUUUUUGGUCAAGACAAUGCGUUUCACACCUUGUUUAAGGCUUCGCUUGAUCAGUCGCACUCUAUAUGUUGCAUUCACAAUGUUGGUUGGGAUAUGCUUCCCAUUCUUUGGAGGUCUUCUCAGCUUCUUUGGAGGAUUUGCUUUUGCACCAACAACAUAUUAUCUCCCAUGCAUCAUCUGGCUUAUCAUCUGCAAACCCAAAAGAUUCAGCUUAACUUGGAUAAUAAACUGGGUAUGCAUUAUUCUUGGUGUUUUGCUGAUGAUUCUGUCACCAAUUGGAGGGCUGAGGACAAUCAUCAUCUCAGCCAAGGACUACAAGUUCUUCUCGUGAAAUUCUAUCCCCUCUUGCUAUUUCAUGUUUCUGUUAGCACGUUGUA